AUGGCUUGUUCAUGGCUUUCACCAGACGGGCGGCAUUUCAAUUUCUUGACGCGUGGAGGAAAUCAUAGACAAUCGCUACAGUUACAGCUCCCGUCACUACAACCAACAACAACAACAACAAUCAUGCGUUUUUCUACCCUUGCUCUUGGUCUCGUCGCCUUCGUCGCCACUGCCCAGGCCGCUUGCAGCAACGCAAGUGCCAAACCUGAUAGCGGAGAUAUCGCUCUGUACAACGGCAAAGACUGCAGUGGAACUUAUACCAACGUGGGCGCCAUGAAUACUUGCAAGACCGGACUUGAUUUUAAAGCCUGCUCUGCCAUCACCAGGAAAGGUGUGACAUGCGACAUUUAUAAGGCCAACAAGUGCUCUGGGGCUGCUAUUACGAUUGACUCUGCUGGAUACCGCGGCUUCUGUGGUACUUUCAAGGAUACCAUUAAUAGCGUCAGAUGCCGUAGUGCAUAAAAAAACAAAAAAUAUAGUAUGUCUGCCCUACGCUACGAAGUGUAGUGACAUUUAAUAAAAUAUUGCCUACCAUCACUGUGAUACAUCCAACAUCAACGAUACCACACGGCCAAAGACCUGUAUGAAUAGUGGACUCUCGGUUAUC